GGUGGCGGCGUCGUCGUCGUCUCAGGCGGCGGCAUGGCCGUGUUGGACUACAGCAUCUGGGACCACAUCGAGGUGUCCGACGAUGAGGACGACACGCACCCCAACAUCGACACGCCCAGCCUCUUCCGAUGGCGCCACCAGGCCCGGGUCGAGAGGAUGGAGCAGUUCCAGAAGGAGAAGGAGGAUGUGGACAAGGGGUGCCGGGACUGCAAGCGGAAACUAGCCGAGUGCCAGAAGAAGAUGAAAGAGCUGGAACUGACCGGCUCGGAGGGUUCCAAGAGCGAGCUGCAGAGGCUGCAGGCCGAAGCGCAGCAGCUCAAGAAAGAAGAGAAGAGCUGGGAAGAGAAAGCCGAGGAGCUCCGGAAGAAGGAGAAGACCAUGCCUUGGAACGUGGACACCCUCAGCAAAGACGGCUUCAGUAAGAGCGUCUUCAACGUCAAGUCUGAGCAGCAGGACGAAGAGUCUGAAGAGCAGAAAGAGAAGAAGCACAAAACGUUUGUGGAGAAGUACGAAAAGCAAAUCAAACACUUUGGGAUGCUACGCCGCUGGGACGACAGCCAGAAGUACCUGUCUGACAACCCGCAUCUCGUGUGCGAGGAGACAGCCAAUUACUUAGUCAUCUGGUGUAUCGAUCUGGAAGUGGAAGAGAAACACGCGCUGAUGGAACAGGUGGCCCAUCAGACCAUCGUGACGCAGUUCAUCCUGGAGCUGGCCAAGAGCCUCAAGGUCGACCCUCGAGCCUGUUUCAGGCAGUUCUUCACCAAAAUCAAGACCGCUGACCAGCAGUACAUGGAGGGCUUCACUGAGGAGCUGGAGUCCUUCAAGGAGCGGGUGCGAGGCCGAGCCAAGGCCCGCAUCGAGAGGGCCAUCAAAGAGUACGAAGAAGAGGAGCAGCAGAAGCGGCUGGGGCCCGGCGGCCUGGACCCCGUGGAAGUGUACGAGUCCCUCCCGCCUGAACUCCAGAAGUGCUUUGAUGUGAAAGAUGUUCAGAUGCUGCAGGACACCAUCAGCAAAAUGGAUCCCGCGGAGGCGAAACAUCACAUGCAGCGCUGCAUUGACUCCGGCCUCUGGGUGCCAAACGCCCGCACGGCAGAAGGCGCCGAGAAAGGCGAAGGGUCCUACCAGGAGCUGAAGAAGGAGAGCAGCCAGGAAGACAAAGGGGGUCCUUGA